AUUUGGCGAACAGAGAAGUCCUGCCCGUCCAUCUAUUGGAUAAGAAAAAAGCCAAAUAAAUGUAAACUAUUGGAGAAGAAAUGGGUUCCAUCAUGACAUGCACUUUAGAAUGAGAAUAAAAAAACUAAAUAGUCCGUCAGUGGUUACAAAUGGCAUGAAUCCGAUAAUCAGAGUAAAUGAGCAUGUGUGUCCAUCGGGUGUACGCCGUGAUUUGCAUUGAUGACAGCAGUCGUACAGUACACCUCACGCUCCGAUGUCGCUGUCAUUCCCACCCCCUUAAGCGGUCACACUGGCUGUGACCCAGGACUCAGAACCUAGUGAGAUCGACAGCAUUUGAGGCAUCAUUGUGGAAUCCUGUCUAUUCAACUGAGUUGACUCGGGUGCUGUCUAGAUGGGCAGCUCACGGUUUUGGAAACCCAUCCACUGAAUUUACCACCACCACAGCAGCAUUCAUUCAUUUGACUCGCGGAGCUCUGUGCAAACCGUCUGACAUCGCAGGCUUAUUCGCUCGGAAAGACAGCAAUCAGCCAUUUUAGCCCUGCGAGUUCCACAUUUCCGCGCUGAAUUCGCAUGAGCCACAUGUGACGAUUGUAGGAAUGUGGAGUAUGGGAUCACAACAGCCCAUCAUCACCUACAGCUUGGAAUCACCUUGGGAGAUGACAGACGGAUGCAUAGGGAGGAUUGGAGCCUACCAGCCAACAUCAUAAAUUCACCAUGGACCAGGGCUUCAGUUUCAGCACACUGAAGAAGCUAGCAGCCGAGCCAGACCACACUGACAUCACUCUGCCAGCGGUCGAGCGUGUCCGGGCCCUUAGCAAAAUGGGCUACAAUAUCGAGAUAAAUGAAGACAUUGCCCCACGGUGCUACUUCCGCUCUGGCGUGGAGAUGGAGCGAAUGGCUGCCAUUUAUCUAGAGGAGGGCAGUCUGGAGAAUGCUUUUGUCCUCUACAACAAGUUCAUCACUUUAUUUGCGGAGAAACUCCCAUGUCACAGGGAGUAUCAGCAGUGCAAUGUCCCUGAGAAGCAAGUGAUAAUGAAGAAAUUGCAGGAAGUAGCUUUUCCACGAAAGGAUCAGCUGAAGAGACUUCUCCAUGAGAAAUACAGCAAGGAACACAGUGAUUAUCUGAAGAGUCAGAGCCAAGCCAUGUAUGUUGAGAUGUGUGGUGAACGACUGCAGAAGAUGUCGCUAUUGGAGGAGGAAAGGCAACGUGUGGAGCAGCUCAGGAAGAUGCAGAUUGAGUCUGAGCAGUUCCGCUACUUUGAGGACCAACUGCGUAGACAGGAGCUGGCCAGUUGCAGGGAGGAACAAACCGAUGGGUCCUGCUUGUCCCAAACCCCAAAGAACCAUGUACGCCUUGAACCCAAUCGUAAAAAAUCAUUUGUCCCUGUCCCUAAACCAGCAGCCACGUUAGCAGCUGUACAAAAUCAGCGUGUGGAAGGCCUGAGGCGGGUUUUAAUCCCACGAGACCUGACUUACAGGUUCCUGCUGCUGGCUGACAGUAACACAGCCAGAGGAAUUGAGACGUGUGGAGUUCUCUGUGGAAAGCUGGCACACAAUGAUUUUGUGCUCACCCACGUGAUCGUUCCCAAGCAGUCAGCCGGCCCUGAUUACUGUGACAUGGAGAAUGUGGAAGAGCUGUUCAGUUACCAGGACCAUCAUAAUCUUCUGACCUUGGGCUGGAUCCAUACGCACCCAACUCAGACGGCCUUCCUCUCCAGCGUGGAUCUUCACACACACAGCUCUUAUCAACUCAUGCUUCCAGAGGCCAUCGCUAUUGUUUGCUCCCCUAAACAUAAUGACACAGGAGUGUUUCGACUCACCAGCGCUGGAAUGGGAGAAGUGGCUGGUUGCAGAUUGAAAGGUUUUCACCCCCACUCUAAAGACCCGCCUCUGUUCACUAUUUGCAAGCACAUCGUGGUGAAGGACACAAAAACGACAGUGCUGGACCUCAGGUGACAGAGGAAGAGGAGAGAUACUGCAGUGUCAAAGAACCAUUGAGAAUAUUUAUUUAUAUAUUUGUUUACUUGAAGGCUUUUUGUAUUUAUUUACUUUACAAUAAGGUUCUGUGAAAUGGAAUCCCUCAGCUGAACAGUUUGCUGUGAGCAGGUUUAGUGAAGCUGUUGAGAUGCUCCAAUGGCAUUUUGUGCUUUCUAUGUUAUAAUAAGCUUUAUGUUUGUGGCCAGGUGGUUUUCAGAUUUUUCUGUCAGAGCAUAUUGUGUCUAAUGAUCUGACUGCUAUUUUGUUUCUGUGUCCUCAAGGUGGCAUCAUUUAGCAAGGAAUAUGAGGCUGCUACAAUGUGACUUGUUUUCAGGACUUUUUAAAAGGAAGUUGUGUGGGUGUGUGCGCGCGCGCGUGUGUGUGAUUUGCCUUUGAUAUUGGUUAAUGUCACUUGCAGUUCUCACUAUAACAUGAUAUACACUAAAAAGGUGAGGAAUUUCGUUUUGUAUCUGGAUUUUUUUAGUUUUGUGUAUGCUGCCAGUAAAAACAGUGAGAACUUUUUAGGCCUUACUAAAAAUUAUAGACAUACAUGAGGAGAUUUGUAUUGGUUGAAAGCAUUAAAUGAUUGAUAUUUAUACUGAGCUACAUCAACCUUUAAAAUGGUGCAACACAUAGAACUCAGAAUCUGGCUUUCAAUAAAACAAAAUCUAUUUCUGGCUUAAAAGAUUUCUGUUGUAUCAAGCAAUAUAUUUGUGUUGGCCAUUGGACUGACUUUCUCAACCUUAAAAUGGAUCGGAUUUAAAGAAAAGUGUCUCUUAAAAAGUAUAAACAAGUAGAAAAAUGUUCCCCAAUAAAGGGGAACAAAACAUUGCUGUGGGAGCUUUGGUUUAACCCAAAACCAAAGCUCCCACAGCAGAAUGGGCAAAGAAACCACAAGGCAUUACUAGAGGGGCUUUUGCCAUCAGGGCCAUGACUGAACUCUUCUCAGGUUACCAUUCCAUCAUUAUUACAACCAGACAUGAUUUUUUUCAGCAGUAGAAGAUAAAAAGAGAUGAAAUCUGACCUACAGUGGCCCCAGAAAACAUUUGGACACUUAUAAAUGCAUGGAUGUUUUUGUAUUUUAUAACCAAAUUUCAAACCAAUGGAAUUUAUUUGAAAGAUAUAUAAGAGAAACAUGCUUUUCAAGCAAAACAUUUCAGCAAAACAAUGACAUUUGUUGGGUUUUGAAUUAUAAAGCAGUAUUAUUAAUAUUAAUAUUGUUCAAAGUUAAGGGGAAAAGGUAUUAGAGCAUAGUCUGGUUGUCAAAAGUUAAUUUGAUGAACUACACCUUUGAAAAAAGUCUUAACAUACUUUAUUUGCAGACAGCACUUGUGUAUAUACAAUAUAUUGUGUUCAGCAGGGACUAAAAUCUAAAUGUUUUUCAUUUCGGAUCGUUCUGAGCAGAAACAAUAUUUUUAAGUUCAGGUUACGCUAUUCCACAGCCUCAUUUCCAAUUGGUAACCAGUUACAAUGAAAUAAAAGAACAGUUAAUAACGUUCUUGUUAAAAUGACAGUAAUCUGUGCUAAGGGUGGGUGAUAUACCAGUUACUGUGUUUCCAGAUCUCGAGAAACGAGGCACCUGUUUUGUUAAAAAGCUCAAAAUAAAGGAUUCCCUUACCCAAAAUAAGCAAAAAUGAGCGCUAAGUUUUUUUUACCAUGUGGGGGAAUUUUCACAAUAGAAAUCAUAAACAUAACAUACUGGAGUCUACAUGAAGUAACGUCUUUUCAAUAAAUUUGUUCAUUAUAAUAAAUAUUUUCCCAAAAAUAUUUCAAACAUUUCAAAUAUCAUUUGGCCACCAAAAAUCAACUAAUGGCCUAAAUCUCUCCUGCAUCCAUGCACACAUCAAGCACCACCUUCUGUAAAUAAUUGUAUUUUAUAAAAUGUUUUGCAUUAUUUAUUAAACUAGCGGUGUCCGUCUGAAUCAAAGCGCAUGCUUAUCUUCUACUAAAAAUAGAGAAGCCUUAUUUUUC